AUAUUAAUUCUUAGACCUUCCAUUUGAAAUGACAUUCAAAUUGGUCCUCUAGAGUACUAAAAUUACACCUGCCUAAAUUUUAAUUUCUAAUUUGGAUCUUUAGUUAACAUAAAAUAAUCUUUGAUCCUCCUUUAAUUUCUUGUUCUCCAAACACUCCCCACACAAACCUUACUUCCUCCUCAAAGCUAAUUUCGACAAUCCAUAUGGUUCGUUCCAUUUUCAAAUCGUUCCUAAAUCUUCCAAUUCCAAAAUCUAUCACUAUAUUACCACCUUAUUCUUCAUCUUCUUGUCGUCCCCAUUCAACAAGACCAAAACUUUAUCUACCACUUGGCAACAAAAUUCAACAAAUUGGGCCACUAUUUUCUCUACCAAUUAAACAGCAAUUUCAAGAAAGUGGGUCGUUAUUUUUAGCUAAAUACAGCACCAAUGCAUCCAACAAUAGCAAUGGAAGUGUUGAUAUGGAUAUUGGUGGAAGAGAAUAUUUGUUAAUGACAGAUGAAGAGUUGAUGAAACAGUGUGAUUUGACUACUUUUAAGGCAUCAGGUCCUGGUGGACAACACCGCAACAAACGUGAAUCUGCUGUGCGUUUGAAGCAUAACCCAACUGGGAUUAUUGCUCAGGCUGUGGAGGAUAGAUCCCAACACAUGAAUCGUGCGUCUGCAUUAUCUCGUUUGCGAGCGUUACUGGCUCUUAAAGUUAGGAACAGCAUAGAUCUUGAUACAUAUACACCUCCUCAAGAGCUGCUUCAAAUUCUUCCUGCUAAAUCAACAAUCAGGGGAUCAAAUUGUGGCCCUCAAAUUGGACCAAACAAUCCUAAGUUUGCUUUGGGAAUGCAAGCUUUACUGGACCUGCUUUUUGCUGUUGAGGGCUCGGUAUCAGAUGCCGCAAAGAAGUUGGGGUUGAGCACAGGCGCUUUAUCAAGGUUGCUAUUAUCUGAUGAUAGUCUCAGAAUGGCUGUGAAUGAGUUCAGAAUAUCCAAGGGUAUGAAGCCUCUGAAAUAAGACUCGUUCAUGUUGUUAGCGUCCUCGGGUACUAUUUUCUCUUCAUUUUCAUUCGCGAUAACAAGCUUCAGGAGAUAGGUGCUGGUGGCGCUGGUGGUUUCAGAUUCAUACGGUUGAAUAA